CCCUUUAUUUAAUACUAUAUUCCUUAUUUUCCACCGCCACAUACCCCAAUUUCUUCCCGCCGGUGAACUUACCGGAAAAUCCUGUUACUCUGAUCCAAUCCUCUACUGAUAUCACGGAAGAUUGGAUUUAACUUCGAAAAAAAAUAAUUACGAGAAAUUUUUUUUUUAAGAGGAAAACUGUUGGGAUUUGAGAAGGUUCUCUAUGGGUGAAGAAGUGAAAAUUACCGACGGUGAUGGUUACGCCGGAGAUGAUAAUCGUGUUGUCGAGUGGGAAGACGGACUUCCGAGUUUUGACGAUCUGACGCCGUUAUCUCAGGUUUUAAUCCCGCCGGAGUUAGCAUCGGCGUUUAGAAUUACGCCGGAGCCGGCGAAGACGAUGACGGAUGUGAAUCGUGCUUCGGAGAGUACGUUUUCGUCUCUACGUGCUGGACAGUUACAUAUGUUGUCGGAGAAGUAUAAUUUUAAUGAAGGAAGGAAUGGAGAUAGAAAUCAUGAGAAUGAUGAGAUGGAUCUGACAAGAGAUGGAUCCGAGUCGAGGAAGACACGGAGGAUUGACCCGGAGAUGGUUACUGAAGAGGCUGAUUCGGCAUUGAGGAAUGAGAAUUGUGGAGAUGAUAAUUCAGCUAAGACGCUGAAACGGCCGCGGUUAGUCUGGACGCCACAGCUGCAUAAGCGAUUUGUGGAUGUUGUGGCGCAUUUAGGGAUUAAAAAUGCUGUGCCGAAGACGAUUAUGCAGCUGAUGAAUGUGGAAGGACUGACGAGGGAAAAUGUUGCUAGUCAUUUACAGAAGUAUAGGUUGUAUUUGAAGAGAAUGCAAGGGUUGUCGAAUGAGGGACCUUCUUCGUCUGAUCAUUUGUUCGCUUCUACGCCUGUGCCACAGAGUUUGCAGCAGUCCGGUGGUAAUGGACACAGUGGUAAUGGUCAUAGUAGUAAUGGUCAUAUGCCAAUGCCUAUGCCUAUGCCAAUGAUGUAUCCGCCACAAAUGGUGCCAAUGCCUAUGAUGGGAAUGUCAGGACAUGGACAUGGGCACGGGUUUCAUCAUCAGUAUAAUAUGGGGCAACCGCGAGACUGGUCUGGAAAUAAAUUUGGUUCUUAUCAUCAUGUUGCUCCUGGUGAAAAAUAGGUGUAGACACAAAAAGGAGGGUUGAUUACUGGAUUGUGGCAUCAGAAAUCUCAUUCGGUGGAAUGCAAACUAGGAAUUCCAGUUAGACCCUUUAGGCCUUUUUUCUUACUACUUGUUUAGAUUUGGUAGAUUUAUAGGUAAAAAGUUUCAUAAAUUCCUCUAAAGUUCUUAGAGCUAGGUCAUUUCUGAUUGUAGCUUCUUAUUCAGAAAGGAGCUUGAGGACAUAAUACAUGAUAAGAUUGUUGUUUCGAUCACACUUUGCUUGAAAAAUAGUAGAAUAACCGGAUUCUGUUUUUCUUUUUGUGUUGGUAAGUAUUGAUACGUAUCUUUUGGUGCGCCGAUGUGUUUUUAAUAGAUGAAUUGACGGCAAAA